ACAUCGUCGUUGCUGGUGAUUUGAAAUACCACAAAAUAAAUAAAACCGCCGGUUCGACCUAACUUAAUCGUAACGCGGAAUAUUCAAUCGUCUUCGUAUUCUUUGACCAAAGAGUGUCACACCAAUAUACAUACAUAUGUGUGUACAUAUAUUGAGGAAAUUUACGCAAAUUUAAGUUCUGGUUUUCGAAGCAGAGGGCAUCUGCAUUUUGGAUCUUUUGCAUGCUAGCGACCUAGUCAGGAAGAAGUUGAUUAUGCGAGUUGUUGUUGUUCUUUGGAAAAUAAUAAAAACAACAAAGUAAUCUAUAAAUAAAUUGUGUGCAUUCGGUAAAUGUGGAUCACUGGAAAUGACCCAAAAGUAAUGUGCGUUAUUCUUAUUCCAAAAGUGUGCAUGCAACAAGUGUUGGCGAUUUUCAAACUACAGAGAGAGAGAGAGCGAUAGUGAGAGAGUGUUAACAAUUGAGUGAGUGCAUGAGUGUAAUAAAGUUGCAUUAUAUCACACACACACACACACAUCUAUUAAAUACCAUGGUGGUUAUGUUGAAGUCGGAAAUGAAGUUAUAAAUAAAAGUGUGCAAGUUUAAGAGUGCAGUGUGCCUAGAUAAUUCACACCUGGAAGAUAAACAAAACCCACACAUACAUACAUCCACACACACCCAUAUAAGCAUUGUAAUCAUUGCGAGUACUUGAAUGUGCAUUAAGGGCAUUUGCAUUGUCGUUGGCCUGACAAUAACCAAAAAUUCAAAAAAAGCCCACAAUUCAAAACAGCAUAUCUGUGGUCUGUCAACUGCAAGGAAUUUCGAAGUAUAAUCAUAUUGAAGUGUGUGAAGAAAUCAAAUAAGAAUCUUAAAAAAAUUUACAACAAAUGAAAAAAAUGGCAACAUAAUUUAAAAUAUCAACAAAGUGUAAGAAAAAUGAAAAUUAAUCAACCAUGCAGUUUUUGUCUACUUGUCAACGAGAGUGAUUAAAAGUUCACGAAUUCAUGUAACUCAAAUAAAGAAUCGCAGAUUAACAAAACAAUCAUUCGAUUAUUUUCUUUGAACCAAACAAAAUUGGCAUAUGUAAAACGCAAAUUUUCGAAAUGUAAACAUUGCCAUAAUUGCUUCCAUAAACUUUAAGGUGAGACAAAAUCAAUGUGAGUGACAAAAAUAAAAACAAAAAUUAAAAAAAAUAUAUAUAAUCUCUUUGUAUUAAUGCUACUGCAAAAAGUACAAAUUACUUGAAAUUCUGGAAUCAAAAUCUUCACCUCAAAAAUUCAAAUUAAUUUACUAUUUGCAAACAAAAAGUCCAGGAAUCUCCUCAAUGGGGUUUGACAAAUUUAUACAGUUUUGAAUUCAUUAAUUAAUUAAAUGUUCAAAAGUGAUUUGGAGAAGUAUAAAUUUAAAAAUUAUGAAAAGAUUGCCUAAUGACAUCCAAUUAACUGUAAAUAAUUUAUGCAUGGCCAUAUAUCAACACCUUAGAAUCUGUGGAUCACAUCACAUUUCCAUAUAUUAUAUAUGGAAGGAUCAACGAAUUAAUUGCCGUUGAUUAAGGCUUUGGAAUUCAUUCGAGUGAGUGCAGACCAUGGUGAAGCUCCAACUCUACACAUCAUCCAAUAAGUCGACAUUGUUCACAUAUUCAAUACUACGCAUAACUAUGAGAUGUUUAAAACCUCGUAAUUUAUUGCUUCACUCACCAGGCCAGUGAAGGGAGUUAGUAAUACACCUUUUAAGCGAACAAUCAUCACCCACCCAUCCACUGGCCACUAACAUAGAUGUUCAACAUCAAUUUGCUAGCAUUACAACCGUCUACAAAAAUGCAUUACAAUCACCAGAGCCAUAAUCAAUACCAGCAACAACAACGUCAACGCAAUUCUUAUCCUCAUGACCAACAGCGGAAGCAUUUGUGUCUGACCAAGAUUCCAAAGAAGCAACAUCAACUACUCAUACCUACAUUUCAGAUGUUGCGUUUUUUACUGCUGUUGGUCUGCUACUGUUGCCAUUCCCCCACAGCCACUGCAGUGGAGUUAAAUAACGAAGAGCUAAGUAAUUGCUAUGACAAAGCCUAUGGCUUUAGAGGGUAUCAUCUGCUCAAUGAGUCGAUGAUAGGUGUCAACCAUAUGAUAUGGGACUCGGGAAAUUUGACUUUGGCUCGUGCCAAAGAGCUUCUGGGUCAUGGCAUCAAUGGGGCCGCUGCGUGGAAUGACACCAACCCUAUGGGUGUAUUGAAGCAACCUAGCGAUAAACAAUCACCAGGAUGGAAAUGUUGCUGUUGGAAUGCUUCUAAUUCUGAUGAAGUUGAAUGCCGUUGCGAAGGUGAAGCAUUAUCCAGAGUGCCACAAACUUUAACCAUUCCAUUGCAAAGGUUAACCAUUGCUUCCGCUGGUUUACCACGACUGCGGAGUACAGCUUUAAAAGUCUACAAUGCAUCAUUGUCCGAUAUUAUGCUGACAGAUUUGAAAUACUUGGAGACCAUACAGGAUGGAGCUUUUGCCAAUUUAAAACGGUUGCGUACCAUCUAUAUUUCACAUGCACCCAAGUUGGAGUUCUUAUCCAAAGAUGUUUUUGAAGGCAUAUCGGAUACUAUUAAAGUCAUUCGAAUUAUAAAUAGCGGAUUGAAGCAAAUACCUGACUUAACAUAUUUGCCAUCGACAAAUAUAUUGAAAAUGUUAGAUCUCGAUAAUAAUCACAUCACUCGAAUUGAAUCAAAAUCAAUAAAAAUAAAGACUGAUCAAUUAAUUUUAGCAAAUAAUUAUAUAAGUUACAUAGAUGAUUCGGCAUUUUAUGGCUCCCAAAUAGCCACACUCAUUCUAAAAGAAAAUCGAAAUUUACGAGAGGUGCAUUUGAAUGCAUUCAAUGGCAUGAGCAUGCAGGAAUUAGAUCUCUCAAGUACAUCCCUGGUACGUUUGCCCUCGGCUGGCUUACAGGAUAUUGAAGUACUGCGUAUUGAAAAUACCCACACACUCAAGACCAUACCUUCCAUUUAUAACUUUAAGAAUUUACAAAAGGCUCAUUUGACGCAUUCCUUUCAUUGUUGUGCUUUUAAAUUCCCCUCACGCCAUGAUCCCCGGCGCCAUGCUGAACGUCUGAAGGAAAUCGAAAAAUGGCAGCAACAAUGCACCCACAAAAACAAAGCUAAAGCUAAUACCAAUGAUGAUGAAGAUGGAGAUGCAGAUAAGGACUUUGACUUUGACAAUAACGUUGAAAUACUCGCACAACUCAAUGGCUAUCAACGUUGGCCAACAAGGAAAUCUUCUAUGCGUGGAAGUCCUGCUGCGUGGCAACAACAUGCGGAUGCCGCAGAGGGCAGCCAUGUGGGAGCCACUGGCUCCCCAGCGAGUUCACCGAGUGUUGGUGACAAACUCAAUUUGUUGACUAAGGCUGAUGACAUUUUAUACAGCCGUUUGAUGAGGUCCGAUUUCCCCAUUGUCGAUGUGAAGAUUGAGGGUGAAACUCUCAUAUGGUCUGAACCAUCCCCAGAGAGCAACAAUGAUGAGGAGUAUGUUUUGGAUGGCGUCGAUUAUCUGACGGAUUCAAUGAAAUCUGAGAUUGGCAUAUUUCAUGAACCCAUCAACAUGGAUUCCAGUCAAUUGGAUGAAUAUUGUGGCAAUUUUACUUUCAGCAAACAUGAUGUUGAGUGUUAUCCCAUGGCAAAUGCCUUGAAUCCUUGCGAAGAUGUUAUGGGCUAUCAAUGGCUGCGCAUAUCAGUUUGGAUUGUUGUGGCCUUGGCUGUUAUUGGAAAUGUUGCUGUAUUGGUGGUGCUGCUGUCCAUAAAAUCGGAAACGCCUUCUGUGCCACGUUUUCUAAUGUGCCAUUUGGCCUUUGCGGAUUUGUGUUUGGGUCUAUAUUUGUUGCUAAUCGCUUCGAUUGAUUCCCAUUCGAUGGGAGAAUAUUUCAACUAUGCCUAUGAUUGGCAAUAUGGUGCUGGCUGCAAAGUUGCCGGCUUCUUGACAGUAUUUGCCAGCCAUUUGUCAGUGUUUACCCUGACCGUCAUAACAAUAGAACGCUGGUUGGCUAUUACACAUGCUCUGUACCUGAAUCAUCGCAUCAAAUUGAGGCCGGCCUCAUACAUUAUGAUAGGUGGUUGGGUGUAUUCCAUCAUAAUGUCUUCAUUUCCACUCUUCGGUAUCAGCAAUUAUUCCUCAACAAGUAUUUGCCUACCCAUGGAGGAUGGAGAUUUAUUUGACACCAUUUACCUGGUGGCCAUAAUGGCUUUAAAUGGUGUGGCAUUUUUCAUCAUUGCCAUUUGCUAUGGCCAAAUCUAUUUAUCGCUGGGUGAGGAGACAAGACAUGCUCACAACACUUCAAGAGGUGAAAUGAGUGUGGCCAAAAAAAUGGCUUUAUUGGUCUUUACCAAUUUUGCUUGCUGGGCUCCCAUAGCAUUUUUUGGCUUGACUGCUUUAUCUGGAUAUCCUUUGAUAAAUGUCACCAAAUCCAAAAUAUUGCUAGUGUUUUUCUAUCCCCUCAAUUCCUGUGCAGAUCCAUAUCUCUAUGCCAUAUUGACAUCACAAUACCGUCAGGAUUUGUAUACACUGCUGGCCAAAUUUGGUUUGUGCCAACAGAAGGCAUUGAAAUACAAGAAUAGCAUUUCCUUUCCGGCCACCUCCAACUAUACCUGCUCCAUACAACGCCACAGCUCUCUAAUACCAAAAAUACAAUUAAAUUCCUCACCACCUGAAACUGAAACCAUGCUAAAGGGCAAAGAGGACUUUGUCUGAGACAUAGCCCACAAUGCUGCAAGUGAGAUUGUAACAAUUUUUUGAAAUUAGCUAAAAUAUAACUUGAAGUGAAGAAAAUUAUUCCCCCAUUAUGGAAAAGACUCUAAGUCUAUUUAAGUAUUUGUAUUAAAAUAAAGUAAAUUAAUUUUCACAACAAUGGAAGAAGAAACUAAGAACUAACGAAAAAAAAGUCAUAGACUUGAAAGGAACCAAGAACAAAUGCAUGUAGUUAGGAUGAUAUACUUUUACAUAUAAUCUAAUUGUAAUUUAUUUGUCUAUGUAAGCAGGAUCUAUGUAUGAAGAAAACAAUAUUUGUAUAAAUGUAAAUGUUUCUAAGAAACUUAAGGAUAUCAACUAGUGAAAUAUGUAUGCUUUAAAUGAAGUUAUAAUAGGGUGUGCAGAAAAGAAAAACAAAGUCCAAAGAGUAUGUAUUUUUUCUAAUAUUAUUAUUAUUUGUCUACAAUGAGAAAAAUUCAAACAUUUUGGAAUUAUUUAAACCUUACAUUUCUAAAUUUUCAUAAAGAAAAGAUGACACCAAUAAUUGCAGGCAAAUGUUAAGGUGUUAAUGAAUGUUUAAGGAGAAAUCGAAACAAGACACACCUUAAGCGUAACAAUGUAAAAUGUAUUAUAUUUAUAAUUUCCCGAUUUUUAAUGGCUAAUAACUAUAUCUCCCAUAU